UUUUUUCUCACUAGGGCGGUCACAUGUUCAGCAGCAAACUCCACCAUUGGCCACACCUGCAGAGAGAUUUAGGCAGUUGCGGUGACUGGCUGUCGCUCAGACAUGAAGCGCUCUACUGUCAUUAUCUUCUUUCUGCACACCGUCCAUGUCGUCUCUCACAUUCCCCAUGAAAUAACUUAUUUUCUGGGAUGCUUUGAGAACGGCACCACUGCGGUACAAUUUGAGUUUGAUGGGGAGGAAAUGUUACACAUUGACUACCAGAAAGAGGAGAUAGUAUUCACUGUGCCCUCCUUCAUCGAUCCUGAUCCCGGGCAGGUUUUGACAGGUUUGAGUAUCCUUCAUGAUGCCCAGGAGAACAAGAAAUGGUGUUCAGCCCUAAUAAACGUCUUUAAAUAUAAUUAUAAAUCUCCACCAAUAGAAGACCCUCCAGAGAGCAUGAUCUUCCCCUCCAGAGAGCUAGAACCUGGAGUAGAAAACAGCCUCGUCUGCUUUGUGAAUCAUUUCUAUCCCCCUUUAAUCAAAGUCAGUUGGACCAGAAAUGGUCGUCCAGUCUCAGAGGGGGUCUCAGUUAGUCGAUAUCAUGCGAACAACGAUCAAACCUUCCGCCUGUUCUCAGCACUGCCAUUCACACCGAGUGACGGGGACAUUUACUCCUGCACCGUGGAGCAUGAAGCCCUGGAGACGCCUCAGACAAGAAUCUGGGAGGCAGAAAUCAUCAAAAAUGAUCAAAGUCUUGGGCCUGAUAUUUACUGUGGAGCUGGUCUCGCCGUGGGCUUUUUGGGAAUCGCAACUGGAGUGUUUUUCGUUGUCAAGAGUCAACAUGUCAACUAAUGUCCUUGUUUUUCAUUUAUAGUAAAUAUUGUCAAUUUAGUACAGCAUCACAUUUACGUUUACCUUCAAUUGUGUCCCCAGAAGGUUCCUCAAUUGAGCUUGUGACUUCCUACAAAUAUUUUCUUCUUCUUCUUUUCUUCUGCUUAUCCAGGACUGGGUCACGGUGGUUGCAGCUUUAGAAGGGAGGCCCAGACAUCCCUCUCCCCAGUUACCUGGGCCAGCCUCUUUUGGGGGGUGUCCCAAGGCAUUCCCUGGCUAGCCGAGAAACAUAGUCCCUCCAGAGUGUCC